CGACGAGGAUGUGGAAGCGACUGCAUUAGACGGCGACGAGGAGAAGGACGGUAUCAUCAGCCUACUACCACCCGCCCAACAAGCACAUAAACAACGGAAAGAAGCACACAUGGCAGAUAAGAAGAGUGUGCACAAACCAUCACACACCAUGGAGGUCAGUGAAAGUGAGGAUAGCGACGCCAGCGGAACGGAGGAUGAGCAGGAGGGCGACGACGAAUCAGAUACAGUGGAUACGGAACUCGUGAAG